UGCGGGACUAGGCGCGGCGCCGGAGGGCCGGCGGCGUGGGGGAGGCACGGGCAGCGGCAAAUCGGCGCGGGGGGAGCCCGAACGCCGGGCGUGGGGGCGGGGAGCAGGCGGCUCAGGAGAGCGCCCCGAGUCCCGGCGCGGGAGGAGGAGCGGGAGCGAGCCCGGGAGACGGCGCUCCUGGCCGCACCUGCGCCCGGCAGGCGUUCCGGCCCUGCCCUGCCCCGGCUCGCGAUCCCGGCCCCGCACCGGGAUAAAUGGAAGCCACCCACCCAGUAGCCAAGGAUCAGCUGAGCCCUGGAGCUAAUGCUUGCUCACACUGUUGAGAAUGGCACUGCGGCCCAGCCAGGCACCGGGACAAAGGUUAACCCAGGACACUCGUGGCCAGUGAUCCUGAUGUCUGUUCAGAGCCACGCACUCAAGGGUGUGAUAAAUAAAGCCAGUGGAUCUCACUGCGGGGCACUGUUCUAGGCACUGGUUACCCAGGAAUGAACAAGGCAGAGCCCCGCCCUCGUGGAACUUUCCUUCUAAUGGGGAGAGACAGACAGUGAACAAGAAGCAAAACAGCAGAAACUGAAAGUGCUGUGACUAAAAUGGCAUGCCGUGAGGGAGGGGAAGGCUGUUUUGCAUCAGAGAUCAGAGAAUCCUCUGAGGGGUAAUGGAUGAGCUGAGAUCUGAAUGACAACAGAGAGGCAGCCUCAGGAGGUCUGGGAAGGGGGUCCUGCAGCCUGCAGGCACCACCCGCAGGCUGUCCAUUGCUGCCUGAGCCCUGGAGAAAGAAGCAACAUCUCACGAGCUGCUGGUUCCUCUUGAUGCCACUCUGACUGGGGCAGAACAGGAGUGUGAGCUGCCAUCCCGGCUGACGACACUGCCUCACAUCCCCGUCCCUGUCCUCACCCCUGCCUUCUGGCCCGGCCAGGACUUCCAGCUUUCCCCAUUCAUCUUCCGUGGACCAAUCUUGGCACAACCUCUCAGACGCGGCCUGACCUCACCUAGCGGCCAGUCGGCACCAUGGCUUCCGCCGAGCCCCUGACGGCGCUGUCCCGCUGGUACCUGUACGCCAUCCAUGGCUACUUCUGCGAGGUGAUGUUCACGGCGGCCUGGGAGUUCGUGGUGAACUUUAACUGGAAGUUCCCGGGGGUCACGAGCGUGUGGGCGCUCUUCAUCUACGGCACGUCCAUCCUCAUCGUGGAGCGCAUGUACCUGCGCCUGCGUGGCCGCUGCCCGCUGCUGGUGCGCUGCCUCAUCUACACGCUCUGGACCUACCUGUGGGAGUUCACCACCGGCUUCAUCCUGCGCCAGUUCAACGCCUGCCCCUGGGACUACUCCCAGUUCGACUUUGACUUCAUGGGCCUCAUCACCCUGGAGUACGCUGUGCCCUGGUUCUGCGGGGCCCUCAUCGUGGAGCAGUUCGUCAUCCGCAACACCCUCCGCCUCCGCUUCGACAAGGAUGCCGAGCCCGGGGAGCCCAGCGGGGCCCUGGCCCUGGCCAAUGGCCACGUCAAGACUGACUGAGUUGGGGUGAGGGGGGGGGAGCUGCUGGGUUGGGGCCCCCGGGGGCUCUCAUGGACCCUGUGGACAAGGGUACCAAGCUGGUGGGGUUGCCCCCUCUGUACAGCACAAGCCCCGCCCAGUGGGGGAGCACACGGAGUACCCCGGGACCCUCCGCUGUGGGCGGGGUUGGAGGCAUGGUCAGGUGUUGGGGGCGGCAAAGGAACCUGGGGUAGAGUGCGUGGAUCUCAGCCCAGCUCAGGGGCCGGAGGCGGGAGGCCUGUGGUUACGCAGCGACUGGAUUUAUGUGGGUGACUUUGGAGGCAGCAGGCCCUGUCUUGGCGAAGGUACUCUGAGAAGGGGGCAGAAGGUUGGAGGCAAGGCCUGCAGGCUGUCGGCGAGUGCAGCCGCCGCCGCCUCCCUCCCUCUCACCUGGUUUAGUUGGGCUUGGGCUGGUUCCAUUAGGCAAUAUUCAGGUGCUUGCUUGCAACCAAUACCUCCCCCCAAGGCCUAUUGAGCUGCAGCCUAAGAAGAGACUGGGCAGCUAGGAGGCUGCUGGGCAGGACUGCUGGUCUGCAAGGGCUGGGAGGCCUUCCCUUGGUUCCUUUCCCCUCCCCCAGGGCCCCACGCUGCUCCCUUGGCCUUCUGGGGCUCUCCCCUGGUGCUGGAUUCCCACCAACCUUGGGCUUUGGGAGGUUUCAAUCCCUGUGUGUUUGGUGGCGUUUCCCCCUUUUCUCUUAUUUUCAGAGCCUUUACCACUAGCAGCCCCCUGUAUCCAUGUCAACCACCCCACCUGUCCCCACCCCCAUCUCCCUAGCCAACACAACAGCUGCCAGAGAUAGAGCCCUGAGCAGAUCCGUCCCACCCUCUUGCAGCCUUCCCUUCCCUAUUGCCACUGGCCUGAUCCCUGGGAAGUUCCUUGUUAUGGCUCCCCUCCCCCUUAUCUGGGGGACAGUGGCAGGGCCCCUGGUGCUCACCUCCCUGCAGUGGCUAAAAACUGAAUGACACCCCCAACGCAGAGUCAGGCUAAGAUGUGCCCCACGGAUCCACAAUGGGGACCGAGAGACAAAUCAGUUGCAGGGGGAGGGGGAGGUGGGCAGUAAAGGCACCCGGCUGGUUUAUUUUCAAAACAGCUAGGGACAGUCCAGCUUUCCAGAGGGUGGAGGAGCAGGUAUCCAGUGCUGAAGAGUCAUGGAGACUGAGUAAGGGAGGAAAAGGGGACUUUUCAGCGUUGGCAACGGCAGCCCACUCCAGUAUCCUUGCCUGGAGAAUCCCACAGACAGAUGAACCUGGCAGGCUAUAGUUCGUGGGGUCGCAGAGUCGGACACGACUGAUCGACUAACACUUUGACUUUGGGAGGGUCCUCAAAGCAUCCGUAGCAGGAAUGAGUUAGUUCUGGUUCUGCCAUAGCCCCAGCCCUGCAGCAAAACCUCCUUAGAUCUAUCGUCUCCUUCCCCCUCCCGGAGAGAGGAGCCCACGAGCUUGCUCCUUAAACAGGAUUAAGCCCGCCAUGCUCACGGGCGUUGUCACCUCAGUUGCCCCACCUUCCCCACUGACAGGUCCAUUGCUGGCAGUGGACAGAGAGAUCCUAACUCCAGCCCACUUCCAGCUCUGCCGCCUCCCCCAGGGGAGGGCUCCAGCGAACGCAGCCUAUCCUGCGGAACGCGGUCUCUUCUUGACCAUCCUAGGACUCUUAGGUAGAAAUUAGCCUUUCCCUUUUUAUAGAACAUUAAAAGUGGUAAUACCACCUGUGGAGAGAAGUUCCUCUUCUUGCUGUACUACUCCAGGUAUACUGUGCAGACAGUACCAGCCAGGGUGCAAGCCGGGGUGUGGGUGCUGGGGGUGGGUAGUGUGGUGUCCUGAAUUGGGAGAAAGGCUGAGAGACUCUGCCUUUGGCAGGGUUGUGUUCUGCAGUGACCCUGUCCAGGACAGGAUAAAGGGUGAUCCCCAGUUUCUCUGUCCUGGGCAGGCUCCUUAAGUCCAAGCACGACCUACAUUCUGCAGGGAUUAACCCUCCCUUUGAUUUUAUGUGGCUCCAGGUGCAGGGCUUUGGGGCUCCCAGGGACUCAACUUUCCAGUGGGGGCCAAUUGCUUUCCAUCUACUAUUGGAGGGUAUUCCAGAGGAAGAGUAUUGCCUGGUCCCCCAUUCCGUAGUCAUCUGCUACGACGGCCCUGUAGUCGUUCUGCCCUGUAGUCAUCUCCUUGGUCUUUUCCCCUUGCUCCAUGCUAUCUCGGUCUCCUGGACCCCCACCCCUGACCUGUCCAAGCCCCCUAGUGGGCCCUUAGACCACACCACUCACCUUUUGUUCUUUCCUCCAGGAUGGAAAUCUGGUGGUCAGCUUGUUGAUGUCUCCCAGCCCAAGGCCUCUGUGAUUCUCUCCCAGAGCCAGCCCUUGGAUGGCCCACCGGGUCUGUCUGCUCCAGAAGGUUGCCCUGCACAUGCUCCCUGGUACCGUCUCUCUUGGCCCUAUAAACUCCCAAGUACGAAAGGUCCCCGAGUAAACCUGCCUGCCUGGCAGCAUGCAGAGCACUAUGCUUCUGCUUCAUCCAGGUGCCCCAAGGCUCCUGUUCUCUCUCACAUUCACUCCAGGUGACCGGGAUCUGCAGGCUCAGAGCUCACCAGAGGUCAACCAGACCUCAACUCUUGCUUUUUUUUGGGUAUCUUCAGGGCCCCAAUCCAUUAGUGCCCAAGGACUCAAAAGUUUGGAGUAAUCCAGCCCUGCAAAGCAGGAGAGAAUCUACUCACUCUUCAUGAACCUCUGAUGUCCUGGGCCUCUCCCCACUGGCCAUGGCAGCAUCUCUGAGUCACAGGUCGCCAUGUGCUGCCCUGCAUGGUUGAAUCGCUUCCAACAUCUGCUAGGCAUCCUGUCCCUUGUGCCAUGUCCCCUCUGAUGUGCCAGUGAGUCACAAUGGCCUAUGCUUAUUCACAGCAAUAAUACCUAGGGGGUGCCCGCGAAGUCCUUUUGUCCUGGUCCCUCGCCUUCUGCAUGGGUCUCCUGGGGAGGCAGCCAUUGAGUGGAUGAGGUCAUGAGAACCUGUAUUUAUGAAACUCUGGGCUAUGCAGACAUCGUCAAGGGGAUGCAGAAAAAUAGGAGGCCUAGGCCUGGGAGAGUUAUGCCUCAGGCAAGGAAAGCAGCUUCCACUCCAAGGCUGCCUCAGGCCUGGAGGACCUGCAGGUCCCUGCUCUGCAAAAGGGCCUUUCAUGGGUGGGACUGUCUCCCAGCUAUGGCAGCUCUUCCAAAGGACACACGACUGGUUUGUGCGCCCAUUGCCUGCUCUGUCUCCAUUGGUCUCGUUGUCUCUUUCUUUUCACAUUCGUGCAGAUAAAAUAUACUGGUGUUUGUGUUCCA